AUGUUUAAUACAAAUACAUCUAACAUUUCAACAAAUGUAUAUGGUUUAUCACAAAAGACAAGAGCAUUAUCACAUAUUACAGCGGAAGCAGAUGUAAACCGAUUUUUAGUUGGAACAACAGCAUUAAGAGAAGAGAAUGAAAUUGCAUUAUUAGAAGCAAAAGAAGGUGAAGGUGUUAGAUGUUUAUCAAUAUUUCCACACCCAAAAGAAAUCCAUUCAAUAACGUCAUGUCCAUUUGAUUCAUCAUUAUUCUUUUCAGUAUAUAAUACAUCAGGUGGUGGUAAUAAUAAUAGUAAUAAUACAAAUAACAAUGAUAAUACAAAUAACAAUACAAAUAAUAAUGAUUUUAAAUCAUCAUUAUGGAGAAUUAAUGAAUCUAUGGAUUCAAUUGAAGAAUUAUUUGAAUUAAAAGGACACACAGGUAUAAUUAAACCAAUCCUUUGUGAUCCAUCAGGUUCAAAUAAUUUCAUUAUCUCAUUAGAUGAUUCAAACAUUAGAUUAUGGUCAAAGAUUGAUGAUCAAAAUGAACCAACAGUUAUUAAACAAUUUGGUAAUCUUUCAAAAUUAUCUGUUGGUUCAAUUAAUCCAAAUAUAUCAAACCAAUUAGCAACUGCAAAUGAUGUUAAUAUUAAAGGUUGGGAUUUUAGAAAUGCAAAAGAAACAUUUAGUAUGGAUAAAGCACAUUCAGAACAAAUUAGAGAUAUUGAUUUUAAUCCAAAUAAACCAUAUUAUUUAUUAUCAGCAGGUGAUGAUUGUAAAUUAAAGAUUUGGGAUACUAGACAAACUAGAGAUCCUGUUAAAAUAUUCUCUGGUCAUAAUCAUUGGAUUUGGUCUGCUAAAUUUAAUAGAUAUCAUGAUCAAUUAAUCAUUACUUCAAGUAGUGAUAACACUGUAAAAUUAUGGAACCUUUAUUCUUUAUCUUCUGCUUUCAAUAGUGAAAAUAAUAUUAGUAAUAGUAAUGAACAACAACACUCACAACAACCAAAUGAACAACAACCACAACAACCACCACAACCAGUUAAACAAAAGAAAAAUAAAAGAAAUGAAGAUCAAUUAAUUAAAACUUAUGAAGAACAUGAAGAUAGUGUUUAUAAUAUAUCAUGGAGUUCAAGUAAUUUCUUAUUUGCAUCUUUAUCUUAUGAUGGUAGAUUUGUUGUUAAUAAUGUACCAAAAGAAUAUUCCGAUAUUUUAUCUUAUAUUUGA